AUGGCACGCAUAUGUGAAACGCCGAUGGUCCAUGUGCUCACUGACCCAGAGCAACACUUGGCGCAAGACACAUGGCGGCUUCUGAAAUCCGCGCGGCGCGGCCCACCAGGAGCCAUGCCAGACUGUCCAGACUGCAGUGGCAUUGCGAGAUUUGCAUACUAUUUGGUGCUAGCAUUGCAGGGGGUGGUUAUCUGGUGGACGACACAAGAAGCAUUGAUAAUGCAAGCUGAGUGGCUUCGGCAAGCAGACGAUGGCAUCUUCCAUAACAUUACGGAGCAUGCCGUCAUGACGACUCCCUUUCUCGGAGUCGUUCGUUCUGUGGUAUUCCGAAACUGCUCUAGCGUGGAUCAGUUGUCAGAGAGAUGGGAGGAGACGCUGGGAAAGGAUCCCUCGUCAGAGCUGGAGUACCUGUGCAUGCAUCCGGUGAAGGGCGGUAACGUGACCUAUUGGCCUCCCCAUUCCAUUUCAAAAGCAAUGAAAGCGUCGACGAGCCAGGAGUUCCAGACCAGCCAGACCGGCCAUGCGACUAAUCCGAAAGCAGUCGAGAAGAUCUCUGAAGUGAUUCCAGGUUUCGAAGGUGUAUGGAGUGGAAUGGAGAAAGUGAAGUCCUUCCUCAAGAAGAUGUCGAGGCAGGCACAGGGCAUGUAUCGCGACAUAGACUACGACGUGGUUCGGUCACCUUGUCUUCAUUCCAACCUCAUCUUCGGCAAGCCGAAGUAUCUGGCAGGGUUGGCGAUCGGCCCACGAUUGCUGCAGGACAAGUACUUGGGCAUGGUGAUCUUCGAGAGCACAGUCAACGAGGUGCAAGAGGCGGGCUGCGCCAGAGCUUCUGGCAGCUCUUCAUUGACGCAGUCUGAAUCGUUGUCUUCCAUUUGCAAGCAAAAAGACGAGACAAUCGCGCAUGACCGGAAGAUAAAGUUUGAUAGAAUCAAUCAUCUGCUGCUCGCGGUCCUGGUGGUAAAGUACAUCAUCAGCAAUACUCAUGAGAUUGCCAGUCACUGCUUCGGACUGCCGUCAACGCGAUCUCGCUGUGACAAGACUCUGGAGGGCCUUGGAGUCAAAACGAUGUCGAUUUUGCUCUGCCUGGCGCUGCAGGCAGUGCGCGGGACCAUGUUCCUCAUCGUGUGGCGAAAAGGUCAUAUCCUCCUGUCGCAUGUCCCCGAAAUCGGAUUCGCAUGCGUCGUGAUUGUGCACUGCGUGGUUUGCAUCCUGAACGAAAUGGACAAGUUUUGGACGUGGUCCAAUUCUGUGUGCUAUAGCUGUCCCAAAUUCAUGACCUGCGUCUUCUGGCUGGGAUGGUUCUUCAUGGUGCUCAUGUGUUCCAUUCCAAUGCUGACUGUUUCAUACUUCAGCUUCGACUUCGCCUUGAAGGGGCUGGAAUCCUGUCACCUUUUCACAUCUGAUGGCGCCAUAAUAUCGGACGAGUUCAAGGAAGCGGCCAAGCGUAGCAGCUGUUUUACGGCCGUCUUCAUUGUCCUAUCGGUGUUGGAGGCAGGCCUGUGGCUUGAGGUCCACAUUUGGGUCCCGCACAGGAAGAAGUCAGCACCGGAAGUGACGCCUGCCUCGCUCAGCCGAGCCGGUGGCUACGUGACCGUGGAUGGGGAAGACACCGAAAUGGCCCUCUUCCUCAUGCGGGGCAACAAGCACACUGGCCGGAAGCACAAGAAUCAGAACAAGAAGACCAGGCCUGGUAUGGGACAGUUCUACUGCAUAGCUUGCCUGUCUCUAAGCAAUCGCUUCUUUGCGUCAGAGGAGGUCAAGGAGAAGCAUGAAAGAUCGAAGUCGCGCCAAGGCAUUUGGCAGGUCCACAAUCAAGGACGCAGCAACGACUGCGUCCAAAGCAUCGCGGAAGCAGAAGCAGCAGAUGUUGAAGAACUUUUCUGCCUUGGCCGGGAAAUGUGGUCAGAAGAGCUUACCCAAGCCGUGGCCUCCAAUCGGCCGUGGCCAAUGCCACCGGCGAUCUUAGCUGAUGCGCCAGUUGCGGCUGUUCGUGUGGCGGAAGCAGCCAUGAAUGCAGUAGCGACCAUUUGGCGCACCGAUGUGGAGUACAGGAAGCUCUUGCAGCAUGUGGAGGAGCUACAGUCGCAGCAAGAAAGCCUGGGUAAAGAGCGGCAAGACGCCAAAGAUGCCUCCGCCGUGCCCUCUCUUCCACUACACGAGCAGCAGCGCCUGGCAAAAGCUCUCCUAAGCGAGGAGCAAGAAGUGCGAAGGCUGCGUGAGAGGGAGAAAGCCUUGAGCGAACAACUCGCUGCAGCGCGAGCUACAGCUCGAAAGCUCAAGGAGCGCGAUGCCAGCUACAAUGCAAGUGAUCUGGAAAGGCAGGCUGCCCUCACAACAGCAAAACGCCAGGAGGCAACUGCAAGGCAGCAGUUUCAGGACCGAGAGUCCGAAAUCCAGGCGCUGCGGCGUGAAGUCAACGACCUGUCAUCACAACUUGCCAAGAAAGAUGCCGUGCAGGCUUCUCUAAGCAAGCAGAUUCGUCAGCUCAAUCUCCAGUUGCAAAGGGCAAGGCAGCAGCGGGAGGAUUUGACCCUCGAUCUGAGACACUACCUCUCCACCAUGCAAGACCAGUUUGCGCUCGAGAUGCGUGAGUGUCCCGUGGACCUCCAGGAUCUUCCAUCUUCCAUCAGUGAGGCAAACCCGCGGUCACCGAGGGUGCCUGGGCCUAGACCAGUCAGAUCUCCGGCGAGGUCCCUUUCUGCAAGACUGCUUGAGUUCGACCGUCCUGAGUCUCCCCUGCGGGAGCAACAAGCACGGAAUCCACCGCUGGGUCCCAGUCCACCACUCAGUGAGCGUGGCCGACCAGACGUCUCCAUGCAGCAUUCGCGCAGCCCGGAUGGUUCCAGAUCCCCUGGUCCAAGAAGCCCUGGCUACGAGGUCACCGAGGCCGAUAUUUUGGGAGACUGGGAUCGCUCCCCGUAUGUAAGUGUGUGUGCGGAGCAUGGAGCCAUUGGAGCCAUGGAGCCGUAUGUGGCCUCAACGCCCAAGCUGCGCAUACUUUGUCUACAUGGCCGCUGCCAGACUGGGUCGACCUUCGAGAGGAAGCUCGAGAGGGUAGUGGGCAAGUCCGAAAGCUUUGCUGACUUCGUGUUUGUGGACGCUCCGCUGGAGCUACCUUUGCAGCACGGGGAGCGCCUUAACACGAGAGCUUGGUGGCCGGAUGCUGAUAGAUCGGACAGUGCUGCAGCUGCGGUGCGCGAGGUCUUGUCGAGAUCUUGGGCAGAGCUUGGCCCAUUCGAUGGCGUCUUGGGCUUCUCCGAGGGGGCAGCAGCUGCAGUGCUUUGCUGCCAGUGGGCCGAGCAUCUCCACACUCUUCCCGAGAUCGAUGCAGCGCCUCUCUUCGGGGAGCUUACCUUCGCUAUCCUCUCGGGUGCACCAGCUCCUGCGUUUCCGGUGCCAGCACUGAAAGUGAAGUCCCUACACUUCGCAUCGGCGCAAGACACAGUGGUGCCGCUGAGCGACAGCCUGUGCUGUGCGAAGGCUUUCGACGAUGCUGAGGUGAUCGAACACGAUGGCGGGCACUGUGUGCCACAGCGAGCGGAGGACAUUCGGAGCCUGGCUGCGUUUCUUGAGGCACGCUUGAAGGAAUCACGCCACAUGCUCGGCAGAGCCAGUGCUGCAGACCUGGAAGAGGAACCCAAGGUGAACCAGGAACAGAAGGAUGAGAUAGAGGCUCUUUUUGCCAUGUUCGGGGAGGACGAGCUGUGCUUGCUCAAGCCAGUGUGGCCAGUGCGGCUGGCCGUCCGCCUUCAAUAUGGGGAGAGCUUUGCUGCCCUUCGGUUUCUUUUUCCGCCUAGCUAUCCGCACAAGGCUUCGUGCCUCUGCGAGCUUGAAACCCGCGACCUCGGACUGCAAGCUCACGCCCGAGAGCUCUUAGAAAGGGUGGAGGCAUCGCGGGAGCCGCUGGGCUUUCCCAGUGUGAUGGCGAUGGUUCAGGCGGCGCAGGAGUGGAUCUCGGAUCACGACGCAGAGAUCAGUGGACGUACACACCCCACAAGUAGCACGAGGAGUCUGGAGGAGGCAGAGGCUGAAGAGACCGAAGACGCGUGUGAUGCUUGGUGGCUUCGUGAUGAGACCGAGGUCGACGAGACCAUGUUGGCAGAGGCCGAGAAGAAAGCUGCCAGCUUGCUGCCUGACGGUGGCGAUGAGAAGUCGUGGGCUCGACAGUGCGGAGCUGGCAGUUAUGGGAAGUCUUGGGAAUUCAUCAUUGGUCUGGUCGGAAAGCCUUCAGCUGGCAAGUCCACACUGUUCAAUGCUGCCACACAUCCGGAAGGGGCAGGCAAGGAGGCAGCGAUGGCUCCGCACCCCUUCACUACCAUCGACCCUAACAUUGCCGCGGGUUGGUUUGCGGCCCCGUGUCCUUCCGUGGAGCUGUGCUGCCAGGACGAGUGCGAACCUGAAUACGGAAGAUCACAUAACAGCGAGCGUCGCUUCCCGCUCUGGGUGAAGGAUGUUGCCGGGCUUGUUCCAGGUGCUUACAUGGGUCGCGGCCGUGGAAAUGCCUUUCUGAAUGAUCUCUGCGAUGCUGACAGCUUGAUCCACGUAGUCGAUGCUAGUGGAAGAAGCGAUGCUGAAGGUGUCGACCAAGGGUCCUCCACAGGAAAGACGGCCUCGUCGGAUCCACUGGAGGAAAUUGGCUGGGUGCGUAGAGAAAUUCAUUUGUGGAUCUUUUGCAAUGUGCGGGCAAAGUGGGAUACUGUGCGAAGAAAAGCGAAACUGGCCAAGCUGAACUCUUCCUUGCGAGAUCUUCCUGCAGAGCGGCUGUUUGCGUUGUUUACAGGCUAUCGAGCUUCUCAGCAAUUGGCUGCUCAAGUUUACGAAGCAACUGGGCACAGCUUGCCGCGCUUAGCGGAGGACGUCUUGAAAUGGAGCGAGUUCGAUCUGCACUUGCUGGUGGCAUGCUUCUUGAGAGUCCGCUUCCCCAUCGUCGUGGCCCUGAAUAAGGCGGACACGCCGGAAGCAGCCAAGCACAUUUCCCGAGUGCAGGCGGCCUUGGGCGACUGCUUGCCAGUCUCCGCUCGGAGCGAGUUGUGGCUCUGGCAACAGAGGCGCAAAGGCACGCUGGCCUACGAGGAUGGUGGUGGCUCUGUGUCGGUGCUGGGCGAUUUUCCCGAGGUGGAGGAGCAAGUUAAGCUCCUGCGCCAGAAAGUGCUGGAUGAGUACGGCUCUACGGGUGUCUUAAAGGUGCUGUCGCAAGCAGUCUACCGGCGAAAGCCCAUAUUUUGCUGCCCCGUGGCCGACUUCUCCACAUUGGAGAGUCUGCCAAGGCCUGGCUCUUCACCAACGGGUGGAUACCCGGGGUACCCGAAGCCGAGCCAGACGAAGCCCAAGCUUGCGACGAUGCUAAUGCUUCGGCCGCUCUCGACAGCAGAGGAGGUCUAUGCGGCUUUGAAGAAUGAGCAAAUGGUUCGAGGGGACCUUGUCCGUGCAGAGGUGCUUCAGAUCAACGGCAAUGGCAGCACACAGGUGCAAGUUCUUCGCCGCGAUGACACGCUAAGACCCAAGGGCUCUCCAGCGGCCUUGGUGGUUCGCGUCUUGACCAACAAGAAGGUGAAGUAG